AUGGACGAGUCAACCGACAAAGGUAAAAUUAAAACCCUCAUUCGCCAUGCCCAACGCUCUCACCGUCGUCUACCCGGGAUUCGCAAGGUGCCUCUACGGGCAAUUGCAGUGAUCCUGUUGGUGGCCAUGAUUAACGUGCUGGUUUGGAUUGCGGCGGCCAUCGUCCUGCGAUACUAUCCAUCGCUCGUCUCUAACGCCGUGCUUUCUUAUACCCUCGGACUGAGACAUGCGUUCGAUGCGGAUCACAUCUCGGCUAUUGAUUUGAUGACCCGACGAUUGUUGGCUACCGGUCAACGACCUGUCACUGUGGGCACAUUUUUCUCUCUGGGACAUUCCACAAUCGUCAUUGUUACGUCGAUUGUAGUGGCCGCCACCGCAGCCGCUGUUUCCUCACGGUUCGAUAGCUUCAGCACCGUCGGUGGUAUUAUCGGCACUUCCGUGAGUGCAGCCUUUCUGAUCCUCCUGGGUCUCAUGAAUGGCUAUAUCCUGUAUAAACUGUACAAGCAGAUGCAGAAAGUGCUCAACCUCCCGGAGGGCCAAGAAGAGGAAGCCUGGAAGAUCGAGGGAGGGGGGUUUCUCUUCUCCGUGCUGAAACGCAUGUUUAAACUGAUUGAUCGUCCCUGGAAGAUGUAUCCGCUAGGGAUUCUGUUCGGGCUGGGUUUCGAUACCUCCUCAGAGGUUGCUCUGCUGGGGAUCUCCUCGAUUGAAGCUGCCCGUGGCACUGAUUUCUGGGUGAUUUUGAUCUUUCCGAUUCUAUUCACCGCCGGGAUGUGCCUUCUCGACACGACCGACGGAGCCCUGAUGCUCUCACUGUACAUCCAACCGGCAGCGAACUUCCUCCCUCCCAAAGACGAGGGCUGCCAGACUUCAGGCGAAAACGAAAACGAAGACGAAGUGGUCCCCUCACAGAACCACCGGGACCCCAUCGCAUUCCUGUAUUACUCGAUUGUACUGACCACGCUGACGGUGAUCGUGGCCAUCGUGAUCGGCGUCAUCCAGUUACUCACGCUGGUCCUGAACGUGGCGGAACCCACGGGGAGAUUCUGGGAUGGCGUGGAAACGGCCGGCGACUACUACGAUGCCAUUGGCGGCGGCAUAUGCGGCUGCUUUAUCAUCUUCGGUGGACUCAGCGUACUGGUGUAUAAGCCGUGGAGACGCUGGAUUGCCCGUCGACAUGGCCGGCCAGUGACAUACACGGAUGAGGAGGCCAGUCAGGAGGUGAUGCCUCGUCCGGAUACGCCGAUUUUGCAGGAGAGUGGGCCGGCGAACUAUGGAAGUACCAAGGGGAAGACACAGAUCGAAGAUACCCUUGUGCAAGCAUCCGCCCAUUUGACAUAUGACAUCACCGAGGCGCGUCUGGUUCUGAGUCGAUCGACUCAGAAGAAGCGCGUGGCAUUGGAGUUGCGGUCUCGUGGGGUUUGGACGGAGGAGGCUCAGAUUGAAUAUAAUCAUGGAUAUGAAUCGGAACCUGAACAUGGACAUGGACACAAGCAUACAUCUGAAAAUGAGCAUGGAUCAGAACCGCCAAAGAAACGUCUCCGAAAAGGCAUGGUCGACCUAGAAACAGAGACUGAAGGUGAUGGUAUAACGCAUACCCAGAAACAUAUCUCUGGAUCUACCGUCAAGGUUGUGAAACUAGACUGGUUGGACCAAUGUCUCGCCGCCAACGAGAUCCUCCCUCUCGACUCAUACACGAUAUACCAAGCUCGCAUAGUGAAGCAAACUACACCCACCACAGCGCCUACUACUACAAGACGAAUUCUAGCUGACACACAUCCCCUACAACUACACCGAACCACCACCUCCGAAGAAGACCAACAAACCAGCAUCCCACCACCACCAUCCUGGGUCCGCAACCAUAUCCUCUACGCCUGUCAACGCUCCGCGCCCCUCCACCCACCAAACGAACUCUUCAUCACCCAACUAGAACAGAUCCGACGCACGCGCGAACUCACCCUCGAUGAGGUCGGCGUACGCGCAUACAGCACCUCCAUUGCGGCAAUAGCAGCCUACCCAUACUCCCUCCGCCAUUCCCGGGAGAUCCAAUCCCUUCCCGGAUGCGAGAACAAAAUCGCCACUCUCUUCACAGAAUACCAAUCCAGCCCCGAUGGCACCCUUGCCGCCGCUCGCGCCUUACACAGCGACCCUGCUCUCCGCACCCUGGACCUCUUCUCCUCCAUCUGGGGCGUGGGGGCCCGCACUGCGCGAGAUUUCUAUUAUCAUCGUGGAUGGCGUGAUCUCGAUGACAUCGUCGAAUACGGAUGGAAUUCGCUGACGCGCGUACAGCAGAUCGGAGUGAAAUAUCACGAUGAACUUCAGCGGGGGGGGGUGUUUCUCGCUCCGAAGCGAUGGAGAUUGCGGAUAGUAGAAUGUAUCCUUGUUGGUGGGUAUCGCCGGGGAAAGGAGUCCAGCGGGGACGUGGAUAUUAUCCUCACGCAUCGCGAUGAGUCCGUCACGAGAGAUUUGGUCGUUGAUGUUGUGGGUAGUCUGGAAGAGGAGGCUUGGAUUACGCAUACCCUUGUUUUGAAUGUUGCUAGUUCUCAUCGGUCGCAGACUCCGAAGUCAAGCGGUAGUGGUAGUCAUUUUGAUAGUUUAGAUAAGGCGCUUGUUGUUUGGCAGGAUCCACAUUUCGACAAGGACGCUCACGCCCAGGAGAAGGAUGAGACCCAAGAGAAUACCCAGGAAGGUCAAGAAAGAAAACGACGGAAUCCAAAUCCCCACCGUCGAGUCGAUAUCAUUAUCUCACCCUGGCGGACAAUAGGUUGUGCCGUGCUAGGCUGGACGGGAGAUACCACGUUCGAGCGGGAUCUUCGUCGCUACGCGAAGAAAAUACACGGCUGGAGGUUUGAUUCCAGCGGCAUACGACAGAUCGACACGGGUCAUGUAGUGGAUUUGGAAGACACCGGACGGACGUGGGAGGAAAGAGAGAGAUUGGUGAUGGAGGGAUUAGGUGUGGGAUGGAGACCGCCAGAGGAGAGAUGUUCACGAUAA